AUGUGUACACUCAGACAGAAUGAAGAUACCCGACCUGUGGUUUAUCUAGAUGAAACCUGGGUAAACCAAAAUCAUUCAAGGUCUCAUAUUUGGCAGAAUAAUGAAGAAACUGAGGGAUUUAAAAUACCAACCGGCAAAGGAGGUCGCCUAAUAAUUACUCACGCUGGAUCAUCGCGUUUCGGGUUCAUUGAGGGAUCGAAAUUUGUUUUUAAAUGCCGAGCUAGAAAUUCUACUGACUACCAUUCGUCUAUGAAUUCAGAUGUGUUUAAAAAAUGGUUUGUAGAUAUGCUAAAACUACUUCCUGAACCAUGUGUAAUCGUUAUAGAUAAUGCACCCUAUUAUUCUAUGUUGGUAAACAAUUAUCCAAAAUGUAAUGCUCGAAAAGCUGAGGUACAGGAAUGGCUGAAAAAUCAAAAUAUUAAUUUUUUACCUUUGGAAACUCUAGCCGAACUACGCGAACGUGUGAAUUUGUUAAAACCGACAUUUAAAAAGUACGAGCUAGAUGAAAUAGCAAGUUCAAUGGGCCAUGAAGUAGUACGACUGCCACCGUACCAUUGUCAGUAUAACCCCAUUGAACUUAUAUGGGCUCAAGUAAAAGGCGAAGUGGCAAAAAAAAAUUCAACGUUUAAAAUGGUGGACGUCGAAAGACUCACUCACGAGGCAUUGGAUUUGGUAUCCAAGAGUGACUGA